UUCCCGUUGCACCUUGUCUGCUCGUCUGAUCAGGGCUGAUCGUGUUGGCAUGGUGUAGUACGGUUAGUUCCUUGGUUUGUUUUAUAGUAUUAUUAUUUAUUGAAGCAGAACUCUUCUCCCCAGAAUACGAAUUUUAGUAGAAGUGGGUUUAAUUGUUUAUUUUGUCCAAAACAUUGUAGCUUGGACAUACGCCUUACUGUAAUAUCGAGGUUUCUGCCGGUCUUUGAUUACUGUUUGUCGCAAUCUGCUGGAUGCAACCCUUCACAGGCACUGUCAUGACCUGAGCAGCUGCUUUCCGACUGCCGGAGUCCCCUCGGAAGCGAGAAAUGUUGAUUUUUCUCCACCGGCACUUGGUUCUAGGUUACCUUGGCAUGGGGUUUGACACUGCUGUCUUGUAGAGGGGAAUUCAGCGCUUGACACUGCUGUCCUCCAGCACCAUGCGCUUGUUCCUGCGCUGCUUCCGGCUGUGCCCCAGGCGAGGCCGGCUAAGGCUGCCUACAGGCCUCCGGGAUCUGUGGAGUUACAGCAGGCUAGUGCUCAGGUCCCUGUACUUCAACACCCUCACAAACACCGAUGUGGUCAUGGAUUCCCUUUUUGAACCUGUGUUUUGGAUCGUGGACCAUCUUACUCGCUGGUUUGGCAUGGUCUUUGUGUGUCUGGUGGUGGUUCUCACCAGCUCCAUCCUCAUUAUCGCCUACUUCUGCCUUCUGCCCAUGGUGCUGGACACCUACCCCAUUGCCUGGAUUGUGUGGCAUAUCUGCUAUGGCCACUGGAACCUGGUGAUGAUCGUCUUCCACUACUACAAGGCCACAAAGACAUCCCCCGGGCACCCUCCACAGGUAAAAUCUGACAUCCCAGCAGUGUCUGUCUGCAAGAAGUGUAUAAUUCCAAAGCCAGCCAGAACUCACCACUGCAGCAUCUGCAACAGAUGUAUUCUGAAGAUGGAUCAUCAUUGCCCCUGGCUGAACAACUGCGUGGGCCACUUCAACCACCGCUACUUCUUCUCCUUUUGCCUCUUCAUGACCCUGGGCUGUAUGUACUGCAGCAUUAGUGGACGCCACCUGUUCUUGGAUGCUUACAGGGCCAUACAGCACUUGAAGAGCUUGGACGUGGAGCCGCAGGGGGUGCCUGUGACGGGGGUUGGGUGGCUUCUUGGUAUCCUACCUCCUGGAUCUGCACCUGGGCAGAGCUAUCAUAAGACUCCACCUCCACCUUUUACCUUUAAGGACAGGAUGUUUCACAAGAGCGUCAUUUAUAUGUGGGUGCUAACAAGUACGGUGGCGCUAGCCCUAGGGGGCCUCACACUGUGGCAUGCUAUUCUGAUCUCUCGUGGUGAGACCAGCAUCGAGAGGCACAUCAACAACAAAGAGAUUCGACGCUUGCACAAAAAUGGCAAGGCUUUCAAAAAUCCAUUUAAUUAUGGCAGACUGACCAACUGGAAGGUGUUCUUUGGUGUAGAGAAGAGGAGCCAUUGGCUGACACGUGUACUGCUGCCCUCCAGCCACCCGCCAUAUGGCGAUGGACUCACCUGGGAGCUCUCUCUGCACAGGAAGGACCCGAUUGAGGUCUGAGCACAGACACGUGCUAAACAUGCCCAGCUCUUUGGCCCUUCAGAAUCGCCUUUGGGAAGACGGUAGUAACUGCAGAGCCUGUACUGCCUUGCCUCACCAGUAGGGGCACCAGUGGGCCUCCAUUCAGGAGUGGGGCUUUCCUUGCGCAUCUAAAUGCGUAGCACUGUAGACGUUGAUCACCCGUCUACUUCCAUCUUUGCUGGAGGCCUAGUGGGGAGCUUCAUGCCGUUGAGUUCCCAAGAGGCUUUGCCAGAGAGUGGGUAAGAGCUUCCUAGUCAUCAGGAAGAAGAGGCUGAGUGACUGUUUACUGUGGUGCGUUGGCACCUCCUACUGGCACAUUAAAGGAUCACAUGCAGGAACAUGAGGAGCACUGUUCUCUUCACUGGUUAUUUGUAUUUGAUCUGUAUUUGAUCCAAUUAAAUGUUUUUUUCCAUAA